UCUACCACAAAUGCUAGAUUAGUAUUGAAGGCACAUGACUUGGAGCAAAUAACUGGUCUGACUAUGCUCGAGUUGAUAACAGAUUGCUCCGCCAACCAUAUGGUACUCCAACCAAACUGUUACACCUUAUAUAUAAAAUUGACACAUGACAUCCUGCAAUUUAACAAAAAAAUCUGGUGCAAAUGUCCUAGGCCAAGCAUGGAGCAACUUUCCACAAUAGAAUCAACCGCAUUAAAGAUGCCUUGUGCACGUUUGAAGUGGAAGCCCCGGUUUAUAGUGGCACAAACAGCACAGAUGAAAUCAUAAUCACUGCCAUUGUUGAGGCAGAAAAACUGGUUGGAAAGCGGAAGCCAAGUCACUGUUUGGCGCUCUCUGAUGAAAAGAGGCAGCGGAUGGGACGACCUCAUGACACUUUUUAGCUCAGCUCGACGAAAAUACUGGCUUCCAGAGUGGUUAUCGAUCUUAUUUACAGAAUACAUUAAUUAUGGCUUAUUUAAAAUCUUCAGACUUUUACUACAAAUGAUAGGGACCUGCUCUCAUAAGAUUUUCUUGUUUGCAAUGUGUGCUUCGUUUCUUGCCCAUCGUUUUUCUAAUCUUAAACGCAAAAAUAUUGCCCUACUAUGUGCUGUUACUUAUAUAUUCCAAAUAUUAUUUAUAAACGUUACGCUUUAGUAAGUUUCAAAAUGAAUUUCACUAACAUAUUUUUCCUUAUAAAUUAUUAAUGCAAUCAGAAAUUAAUAUAAUUUUUGUUAUAAUUUCGAUCAAAACAUUUAUUACCUACAUAAUACAAUCGGAACAACAAAAUAAUAAAUUAAUCUCGUGCUUAUUCAUACGUGCCUCGAAAUGGAUGUUAUUAUUUUCAAGGAUAAUAAUAGAAAAAUCCACAUAAUUUAUAGCAAUGAAAUUUCGCUUCACUUCAUGGUGGUAUCUUUUUACCUGUUUUUAAAAUUUGCACUCAUGACACUAAAUCAAAAGCAGCCAACCAAAAUACAAAAUUGAAAUGUUAGUCUCUGCUGCCUUCAAAUAUAAUUGAUUAUAAUAUUAUUCAUUUAUACAUGGAGUAAAAUAUAUGCCCACGUUUCCAUCAUAUAAUUUGUAUUGUUUUUGACUUUUUAAAACUUCUGUAUUACUAAUAUUAAUCAUAUAGUAUAUUCAGGUCACUACAGUUAUAAUAUUAUCGAGUGAUGUAAUGUCUUUUGGUAGUAUAUACCGCAGAAUAUUUAUCAGUUAGUUUUUGAAGCUCAUGUUGAUCGUUUUUAAUUUCAUGAAAUAAAUAUUGCUUAUAAAUAAAAGAAAACUACAUGGAUGAUUUAUAUACGCAAAAAUUGCUGGCCUAAUAAAUUUCGUUAACUGAUAGUAUGGUAUUCAAAAGUCGGCUGCUGGUAUUCUAACCUGAAGAAGGCCCAUUACUGCAGAAACUCACCUUCCUAUAAAACCUCAACUCUAGCAUCAGAACUUUUUAUCUACCAACUCAUGGCUCCUCAAUCAGCACUCAUUUCCUCUCUCAGCCUGAAUACGAAAGACGUUCUCCUUCAUGUUCGUGCAACACGCAUAUGGGAAUCGUUCAGCGUUGACAAGAAAAGCUCCCAGAGGAAAAUGUUGAACACUAAAGUUGUUUUUAUUGAUGAAGAGCAAUCCCAGAUUAUGCUGACAGUCUGGAACAACCAGAAACAAGACUACUUUCCUCUCUUAAAGGAAGGUGGCGUCUAUGACAUCUCUCAAUUCAGGGUUGUCCCCAACUUAACAGGAUACAGAAUCGUCAAUUCUGAGAUCGCCUUAAGUUUUGAUCACAACACAAAAGUGAUACCGAAGGAGGAAACUGAACGCAUCCCAUUAUUCAAAUUUGAACUGACAAAGUUCGAAGACGUUCCUUCGCUUCUCUGGAACACUAAGAACCUCAUAGAUAUGAAAUAUUUGCCAAGAACUAUGUGACAUUAAUUUACAAACACCUAAAUACACUCCACGCAACUCCACAGAGGUUGCUGGACUGGUUACAGAGUAUGGGGACCCGGAAACUGCAUCAAAUGGAGCAAAGAAAAUGGAUAUACUAUUGCUUGAUAGCAGCAACAAAGACAUGAUUGUAACAUUGUGGGAAGAGAAAGCCAACGGGUUUCAGAAUGAUUUGGCUGCUGCAGAUGAUGGAGCUGCAUUUGUGAUCAUAACAGGACUUCUCGUGAAAAAAUAUUCAGGGAAGGAUAUAGUACUCUCCAGUGGGGAUGCAACAAGGACUUACUUCAACAUAGAUUAUGCCCCGCUCAAAGAACUCAGUCAGAGUAUGAUACGCAACGCAAGGGAGAGAGGCACAACCAUCCCUCCACCAAGAAAAAAGAUAUUUGUUUCAACGGCAGAAAAUGCCUUGAAGGUGGUAAAAAUACAGGACAUCCUGGAGGUCGAGCUUCCCAAUGCGGGGGAGAUUAUGCGCUUCAUAUGUGAGGCAAACAUUAUCAAUGUCUCAAAAUAUGAUGGAUGGUACUACAAUAGCUGUCCCAAAUGCCCAAAGGGUAUAAGAAUAGAGGACAACAAAUUUUACUGCGACGCUUGCAAGAAGGAGACAGACGGCUACACACAACGCUACAAGAUCAUUAUUGGCGUACAAGAUGACUCUGGAAGAACAACCUUCGCCCUGCUAAACAAUGAUGCAGAACAGCUUAUAGGCGUCCCGGUCAGGAGCAUUAUAAGCGAUCUGGGACAGGACAACCUCACUCAGGACAUCCCACCGAUCAUUAACAACAUCAUAGGCAGGCGAUGUGCUUUUGAGGCCAAGGUGUCGUCUUACAAUCGAGAUGGACGUGCUGGAUACACAGUCGGGCGGCUAAUAGAAAUGCCUGGCUCAUCAACACACGUGAAAGGAGGUGAACACCACAAUGAGGCGGGUCCCAGCAAGAAAGCAAGGCUUUCCUCACCCAAAUGA